CCUCCCCCGCGCGCUCGUCCUCGGUCCGAGAACAGAAGACGCGUCGCGCGCGGAUUCGAUCACGUACGCUCGCGUCGCCUUCGCCUUCGCCGCGCGGCGGAUCGCGUCGACCGCCACGUCGAUCCCGACCGCGCGUCUCGUCUCGCCGUCGCGCGCGCAAAGUCGCGUCCGCCUCGCGCGCGUGCGCGUCGACGCGCGUCCGCCGCCGCUCCCCCGCGCCGCGCGGCUCGUCUCCUCCGCCUCUUUGACGAUGCCCCCGCGCGACGCGAGCGGCGACCCCGCGGGCGACGACCACGGCGACGCGACGCCGCCGCCGCCCGAGGACGUCUUCCUCGAGGACCUGCGAAGCGAGCGGUCGAUGCGUUGGGUCGAAUCGGAGAACGCGCGCGCGCUGCGCGCGAUCGUCGGCCCCGACCGCGCGAUCGAGGACGACCCGAUGUUCGCCGCGCUGAGGGCCAUCUACGACGACAAGAAGAAGAUCCCGAACGUCCGCGCGCGCGGCGACCUCGUAUAUAACUUUUGGCAAGAUCAAGACCACCUCAAAGGGAUCUGGCGACGCACCACCAUGACGGAGUUCGCGAAGGAGGACCCCGCGUGGGAGACCGUGCUCGACGUGGACGCGCUCGCAGAGAAAGAGGGCCGGUCUUGGGUGUGGAAAGGGCCGUCGUUCUUGGACUACGGCCCGGGGCAAGAGCGACGCGUCGACCGCUGCGUCGUGAAGCUCAGCGACGGCGGCGGCGACGCGUGCGUCACGCGAGAGUUCGACGUCGUCGAGAAGCGUUUCGUCUCUCCCGAGGACGAAGACGCGUUCGUCUUACCCGAGGGAAAGAACAACUUCUGCUGGGUCGACCGCGACGUCGCGUGGGUCGGCGUCGACCGCGGGGAAGGGACGGUGUCCCCGAGCGGCUACCCGCUCACGAUCGCAGAGUGGCGGCGAGGGACGAAGCUCGAAGACGCGAGGGAGAUUUGGCGCGGCGAACCGAAAGACGUCGUCGCCGCGGGGAUGGCGUACUGGGACAAGGGGACGCGGUAUAAGGCGCGCGCCGACGACGUCACCGGGGAGAUGGUGAAGGUGGACGUUCCGAGCGAUUUUUCCUUCAGCACGUUCGCGGACCACGUCGUGAUUCACUGCAAGUCGCGCUGGGGACCGGGCGGAUCGCUUCCGGAGGGCGUGUCGUACGCGAGCGGCACCGUCCUCGCGCAUCCCGCGGCGGCGUUCGUGCGAGGCGAACGCGACGCGUUCACGGUGCUGUACGCGCCCGCGAACGACCGAUGCGCGUACGGCAGGUGCUCGGAGACGAGAGACUACCUUCUCGUGCACGCGCUCGAGAACAUGGUCACGAAGGUGUACGUGUUUGAAUACAAACGCGCCGCGAACGCCGCGAAGGGAGAGGGAGGAGAGACCGCGUCGUCGCGAUUCUCGCUCGUGAAGGAAUACGUCGCCCCGGACUGCCAGUCCUUCAGCGCGUCCGGGGUGGACUCGAACUUCACGAACGACCUCUUCGUCACGACGGACGGGUUCCUCACCCCGGUGACGCUCUCUCUCGCCUCGGCGCCGAACCUGGAAGACGCGACGCCGUUGAAGAAGAACACGUCGCACUUCGACGCGUCCGGGAUGUCCGUCGAGCUCUCGCACGCGACGAGCGACGACGGCACGGAGGUGCCGUACUUUCUCGUCCGCGGCGCCGGGACCGUCGCGGGGACGCCCGCGCCCACGGUGAUGUACGGCUACGGCGGAUUCGAGAUUCCCAUGCUCCCCGGAUACGGUGCCACGACGGGAUACGCGUUGUUAUCGAACGGCUUCAACUACGUCUUGACCUGCAUCCGCGGCGGCGGCGAAUUCGGCCCGGAGUGGCACCGCGCGGCGAAGAAGUCCAAACGCUGGCGCGCGUUCGAGGACUUUUCCUCCGUCGCGAAGGACCUGUGCCAGAGAAACGUGACGACGGCGAACGCGCUCGCGUGCGUCGGCGGCAGCAACGGCGGUUUACUCGCCGGCGCGAUGACGACGUUUUACCCGCAUCUCUUCGGCGCGGUCGUCUCGCAGUGCCCGCUGUUGGACAUGGAACGCUACGUGCUGCUCACGUCCGGGCCGUCGUGGAUCGACGAGUACGGCGACCCGAACGACGCGGCGGAGCGCGAGUUUCUCCUCGAGUACUCGCCCUACCACAACCUCGAGAAGGGCCAUCUCCCCGCGACGCUCUUCACGACGUCCACCGCGGACGACCGCGUGCACCCGUCGCACGCGAGACGCUUCGUGCACAAGUGCAGCGCGUUGGGGAUCGGGAAGGACGUGUUGUACCACGAGAUGAUAGAAGGCGGGCACGCGGGGGCAGCGGACAACGCCGCGAGGGCGGCGGUGAAGACGCUCGAGAAUAGGUUCUUGAUCGACACGCUUCGACGCGGGACGCGAUCGGUGGAGUGAGGCGGCGAGAGGGGCGGCGGCGGCGGGGGGUGGCGGGGGACGAGAAGAAAACGAACCCGAGUUUUUUUGACGCGCGCGCGCGACGGACGAACGAGUGAGUCGGACGCGCACGUUUGGUUUGGCCCGCGCGACGACCGACUGGAGGUGUAACGAUGAAUGGUGAACGCGUCACG